ACCACUGCUGUCCAACAAAUCACCACCUUUUGAAGCCUCGUUUACCCCGCGCCAGGCUGUUGAUUUCACGCACAACAAUCACCAGGAACCUGCACAUCAGGCUCAUCCACGGCAUCGUCACAAACCGGUCGGGCGCGUUGCCUUCUUCGCUUCGUUGCGCCAGCUGAUGGACGCUCGCAGGAGCUAUGGCCAGAUCGGCACGGAGGCACGGAGGCAGCGUUUCAAGCUCGCUUUGGGGUGGGGAUACGUGCUGGCGAUCACCGUUUUCGGAAUGGUACUGAUGGGCGGAAACAUGACGUUGGAAGAUCUGGCCAUCAACUGUGGUACGACCUCCACCAAGGUCGGCACGGUGUUCGUCGCCAAGGGCGCGGGGACCGGCGUCGGGGCGCUCAUGUCGCCGAAGCUCUACCUCAGCGUUCGGGGGAACACGGUGCUGUCGGUCGGGCUGGUGCUCCUUUCGGCGAUCCUCUUGUACUUCCCGUUCUUGUCCAGGGUUUUCACCCUUCACCUGGCGUUCUUCGUACAGGGGCUUGUCGUGGAUGUUCUCAUGACCGGUUGUCAGAUCAUGACUCGCAAGGUUCACGGCGACAAGUGCAACCUAUGGACUGGUGCCAAUGUGGUGUCGCUGGGGAUUUCGAGUGCCUUAUUUCCGGUAGUAGCCUACCUGGAUGAUUCGCUCUUCGACCAGUACGCCAUCCUGUCCGGCAUGAGCAUUGCAAUUGCCAUCAUCCUCGGCGUUGUCAUUCCAGCUCCGGAGAGCUUCGAAGGACUAAUCGAGGAAACGCCCGAGUCGUUGAUGAUGGACACAGCAGCAGGUGGCACGGCCCGGCCGGAAAAGAGCACGUGGACGAGGAAGUGCUCUCUGUUCUACAGCAAGUACAGCGUCGAGUUUAACAUAGGCGCCAUGGUGUUGUGGCUGAUAGGUGGAACGGUGAGCGGAACGCAGAGCUACUGCUGUAUUUUCAGAGGCGCGCGUACGGGAUUUGCUGCCCAUCUCGACCCUCAGGCAUAG